GUCACUUCUCAAGAAUCUGGAACCAAACCAUUGACCUUCACAUUUGUGCCAUCCAUUGGAAGACUUCCAACUCAUUUUGAGGUUGCAGACAUCUCUAAGUUCCUUGUGGUAAUUCCAGAUGAACCAAAGGAUCUGACCAAUCAAGAAUUUAUAAAUAAGUCUAAUGCAGUCUCUGACAAUCUGGCCUUAAAGAGCGAAGCCAGGCAAGGCUGUGUGUCUGACAUCUGUACAGACAGCACCCAAACGGCUUUCCAGUCCCCAGGGGGUAACUCAAGAAAAGGAGCAAUGCAGGAGAAUGACCUUUUUAAGGCUGAGUUUAUCCUGAUUACGGACUCCGGUGAUGAAGAUGAAGUAGCUGCUGCCUCGAACAUUCAUCGACCUUCCAAUGGCUACGGUCCCAUCAGUGCUCAGCUGCUGGCUACAUCCCACCUUUCUCCUGGCACUGGAGCAGGGAAACCUCCUGGUGAUGAACACGUUCCAGGUGCUGCACUUUCCCACAGCACUGCUGAUCCACAAAACCAUCAGCAGUACAAGAUCAAGACAAGCUACAAGGCAUUUGCAGCAAUCCCUACAAACACAUUACUUAUGGAACAGAAGGCAUUAGAAGAGCCAGCCAAGACUGCUAGUGUGACUGAAGGCACUGCUUUGGACACCCAUUCAGAGAUGUGCUCCCCUGCCCAGCUCAGACAACAAACAGAAGAGCUGUGUGCCGUCAUUGACCAAGUACUGCAGGACCCGUUGACUAUGCGCCGCUGUGAGUCUUCUCCAAGUUUCCUGCAGAUGAGCACGGAGUCAGAGGUUGGCAAGGUGUCAACAACACUGCAGAGAGCAGCUGGGCGUGAAACCAGAUAUGCUAACCUUUACAAAUCAGCACCUAUGGUAGCAGAGAGUCAGCUG